AUGUCAUCCGUACCACUGGAUAUGAUGAGAGAGGCUCUCACGCCUGUUCGCGGCGAGACCAACCUACCUCGCACAGCCUCGACACCGAGCCACGAUGCCUUUGGAAGUCCCGAACUGACGCAACAACACAAACAGGCCCGUGUCUGGCAAGCCCUCUGCACUGCCAAGCAGCAACCCGUCUUGAAUUUGCUUGAGCAACUCGAGGCCACCAUGCCCAUCGAUUCCAACAACACUCAAGAUGUUUUUCCUCUGCAUCCUCUCGGGAAUGAAUGGCGAGGCUUGACACCGCUGCACGAUGCCGCUAUCAAUGGUGAUCCCGUCACGUUGCACCUGCUAUUGCAAGCCAAACCCAACGUUCAUGUCAAAACCCAGGAGGGCAAGACAGCCCUGGACCGAGCCGUCGAACGGCAGACUGAAGACGUGGUGCAAGUGCUUUUGGAAGCAGGCGCCAACCCAAAUUCCAUCUCCAAGGGUGGAUCAACGCCUCUGCACCUGGCCUGCUACAACGAUCACAGCGAAAUGGUCAAAGUUCUACUUGACGCCGGCGCCAAUGUAUCGGCCGUUGACCAGAUGUAUCUCGCUGGUGCCGACGAGCCCGUGCCAACGGCCCUCAUCACCUUUGGUGAGGAUGUGGUCCGCGAUUUGAACCACAUCCGGGCCAAUGCCAUUGCCAAGCGCCUCGCUGCCCUUUUCAUGGUCGGCUGGAAGCAAGAGCCCAACCUCUUCACCCUCCUUGCACUCCGGGAGCUUCCAAGCUGCUGGUACAAUCGGGUCUGA